GGGGGGCGUUUUAAAGCCUGGAAGAGUCACCAGCGAGAAUGCAGAAGAGCUCAGUGGUCGUGGUGGCGGAUAAAACGAGCCUGAAAAGGCCGUUUAUUUUCGCUAACGCUGUACAUAUGGCUUUGUGUUUCUUCAUGUUGAGGAUGACUGUUAUUUGGCAUAGGGACCUCAUACAAACUGGCAAGAUGGUUCCCAGUAUUUCUGUAGCAAUGAUGUAUGUGAUCGAGGUUGGCUGCCUGCUGCUGUCUGUGCUCGGUGUGUUUGGGGCCUGCAAAGGGAAGAGAUGGUGUUUGAUUCUGUACGCAGCCGGGAUGGCGGCGGCCAGUCAAACAAUAAUUAUCCGAACGGCACUGAGUUACCAAGAUGUUUAUGAGAAACGUGUUGUCCGUGAGGAGUCCAAGCUGCUGACCAUGAUGCCGCUCACUGCGCCGAACAAAGCCAACAGGACGUUGCUACAUAAUAUCCAAGAGGAAUUGGAAUGCUGCGGUCUCAUUGAAGGGUACAAGGACUGGGGUGCAUCCAUCCCCGCCUCCUGCAACUGUCACUAUCCAGGAAAAUGUGUUCGACUACGGGGCAGCGCCACCAUCGGGGCACCGAAGAACCAGUAUGUUUAUCGAGAGCCUUGCCUACCGAUUUAUCUCUCUGAAUUGAAGUUGGCCUUCUCCUUGGUGAUGGCUAUACAGUUUGGGAGCGGAGUAUUCUGGAUCAUCCUACUCGCCAUGAGCAUCAAACUGAUGGGACAGAUCAAGAGGAAACAGGAGUUUAUAGCUCUCCUCCAGUCCAACAGAUAUGUUCCCGGUGCUUUCUAGCGCAGCAGUACGUUUUAAAACACAC